UGCUGGGGACACGCACUCCAUUUUCUCUGGCCUGAAGCAGCUGAAGGCAGAGCGGGAGAGACUUUUGGACAGAAGUAACCAGACGGACUCGAGUCGAAUGAAGCAGUUUGACCCAGCACGGUAUACUUUCAACAAGGAGGUUCACCUUUCUACGGAGAUCAAGCUGACUCUAACAGUGCCAUGUUAUCAGCGUUCCAAUGACGAGGUUGAAAAGAUUGUCGAGACUUUGCAGCAGAUUCGAGCAUUUGUGGCCUACCCUAUAGCGUAUCAGAGGGUGAUCGCCAAAGCGGCUUGGUACAUUGUGGUACCAGCAUUCCGAGUGGUGAUACGUGAACGACACGACGCUGUGAGCUAUUACUUCAUGAUCAAUGGCAGAGCGAAUAUGCAGAAGCUGCUUGGAAAUCCGCACCACUUGAAGGCCAGCCAAUUCAAACAAAUCCGUGUUCUCAGAGCACAGGACAUGUUUGGGGAAGAGGCCAUCACGAGCCCCGGCUGCAAGAGAAGCUAUACCGUGACCACGGACACGGUCUGCGAGAUGCUGUCCAUCAACUGUAGUGAACUGCAGGACGCCAUGCUGACCACCUCCUCGGUGUAUGAAACAGCCCCGGAACACAUCCGCUUUUUAGGUUCUCUGAACGCCAUGAAGAAAUUCCCAAAGCUGAAACUGUUGGAAGAAGCGCAGGAUAACAUCAACAUUGCCCACUUUCUGGGUGGAGCUGUUGUGACUACUAAUGUUGAGCAAUCCGACUACGUCUACUUCGUCUACUACGGCACCUGCGAUGUGUUGAAGGAGAUCCCUCCACCUCAGAGUGCAGUGGAGGCUUACACUAAAGCGAAACUUCUUAAAGAUGAGGAUAUCAUGGCUGAGGGGUCAAUCUCGCCUCUGAGCCGAAAGAGUGUGCUGAUCCGGGAUGCUACCAAACCAGAAGAAGUCGAAGGAAGCCCAUUUUAUGUGGAUAAUUCGACGCAGCGAAGGAGUUACUUCGCCAAUCGACUAGAUUACAUUGAGUCCAGAGAAAACCUUCGCAAUGUGUUUGCGAAAGAGAUUGAGAAGCGCCAAAAUGAGUACAUCAGUUACAAAAAUGCAUUCAUGGCUGAGGCUCGAGAGCUGGAAGACAAAUGCCGCCAGAUCGCCACGACGAUACCCAUUGGAGCACGCAAGAGGCUUCUGGGAGGAAAGAUAGCCUGUCCCCGUCCGCCUCCCAUUAACUUCCAUUCUUCUCUCAGAUUGAACAGACCGAAAGACACCUCCGCCAACAGCAACUUUGACCUAGGAAAGGACAAGCGUGUGGAUGAAGUGGAUACAUCCAGGAAAGUGGCCAGAUUGUCUAUUGUGAUUCCCCAAGAUGAUCUAGAUGACAGCAGGAAGCAAAAGCAGAUUCUAUCGGCACAUGUACAAAGCAGCACCAGGUUCAGCUCCAGAUUCAGCUCCAGAGAGGCGAGCAUGGAUUUUCUGGCCGGCAGAGAUGACAAAGACGAAAGGACACGGACUAGCAGAAGGCUCACAAAACUUGUUGGUUCCAACAUGAACCUUCUGGACGCAGUGUUCAGACAUUCGAUACACCGUGAACCGUCUGACGUCACUCCGCCUGUAGAUGCUAAAAGAACCCCGCGAAAAAGGGACAGCCAAGACAGCCAGGAGGGACGAUUGGCCAGAUCAUCUGGACGGCUCCAAACGUCUAACUUCUCAAGAUGGGCAAUGGUCAGAACGGCAAUUAGAGGAGACGUAGUG